UAAGACGCUGGCAUAAAGGAAUUAAAUGUUCAGGCCUAAUUAAGCGCGAAAUGAGCUACGUAAAAUGGCUGCUUGCAAAAUUACCGUAUGAAGAAAAUGCAAUUUACAAGUUAUUUAGUACUGUGUAGUCGAGGAGGAGGUUUUAUUUAUCUUUUAUUUUCAAACCUCGCGCCAGUCAAGGCCGACUGAGAAACCCGGAAGCAGCAGUCUCCAUGGAAAUCCCGAGGAACAAACUUUUAUUCAGCUGACGUGAGCUUUUCACAAACAUGACUGGAGAUAGCGACUACAGCAAGUACGAUUUGGCACGCCUGCAGGAAGAACUUGAACAAGAGAGGGAAAUGAAAGAAAUGCUUGAAGGGUCAGUGUCUGAUCUACGGAGCACCAUGUGUGAACUGCAAGACAGACUGCAGAGUGUUGAUGGGGAAGGAAAUGAGUGGAAGACGAGGUAUGAGACACAGAUAGAGCUAAAUGGACAGUUGGAAAGACAGAUGUCACUCAUUCUCGAGAGACUGGAGGACCUUCGAGGACACCCUAUGGAUCGAUUGGCCUCCAUCCGAUCUUAUGACGACAUGCCAGUAGAAACCCUGAGACAGCGCCUGAAGCUCCUGACUGAGGAGAAGUCUGACGUCCAGAGUCAGCUGAUGGACUGUCAUCUCAGAAUUGAACAAGAAGGAAAGGCUUUUCAUAAAACCAAUGACGAGAGGCGGGCGUACAUUUCAGAAAUUGCUAAGCUGUCCUCCACCCUUGAAGCCCAAAGAAGACAGUACUCCACCCAGCCACAGAGGGCACCAGAGGGCAAACAGAGGAGGUCAGUGAGGCACAAUGCUAACAGAGAGAAGCAGACCAGCAGGAAGGCAGAGGCUGAUAAUAAAGGAAAAGACAGAGAUGAAGAUGGAGGAGUAUGCGUGAAAGGAGGAGGAGGUGGUGGAGCAACAUCAGGGAAGAGAGAAGAGAAGAAAUCCCAAAGGGGAAGCAGGUUACCCACCUUAAAGUACUGAAACACAACCCCUAACCCAAAGCUGGUGUUAUAGCCCUUUUUUUGCUCUCUAAUGGGUAUGCUGGAAUGAUUGCAGUAGAAAAAUUGCCAUAUACUUAGCUAGUUUCAGUGCAAGAAUGUAUUAGUGUAUGUCCUUCAGCUUCCUGUGGCUUUGUUCACAUUACUCAAAAGCUGAUUUCGAGGAAACAAUGCAGUUCCUGUGAAGGUUUUUUUCCCAUGUGCCACAGUCAGUAUUGUAAUUCAGUGUUUAUUUUAUAAUCGGAGGCAAAUACAGUUUUAAUCUGAUCUCAUGGUAUAAAAUGUUACAUUUAUAAUGAAGUCUGGCGUUAUUAUUUUCUUAAAUGUUUCUUUGUUUUAACAAGAAGAGUAGCCACUGGAGAAAUGUUCAAGAGGGGGGAAUAUUAGGGGCUUUGAAUGUUGUGAGGCCAUUUCAUAAUGUGCCAGAAGCUUGCUGAGUCUGACAUUUCUGUUGUCACUGCAAUUUCAAAUAAAAGCACCUCCUACGACUUGCAUUACGUAA